UUCAGUUCAAAACUAGUUCGCCCGAACUGCACAACCCUAGCAAAAGAAAUAACUAAAAUAUCAUUAAUUUAACGCGAAUUGCACGCCGAGCGGAUAAAAAUACGCCGUGGCAGCCGCACCCGUCGCUCCCGCAGGAUACGCAGGACUUUGCCCUCGGUCAGGCAGUUUAUAGAUUUUUGCAAACUGUGGCCGCUGACCAGGAAUAUGUAAACGCAACGCAGGACGCCAGUUCUUAUUGGGAAAAAGGACAAUAAGAGGGAGCCCAAAGCCAGGAGUCGCCGACCAACAGUGCCUCAAAAACAAAAAGCGGAAAGCAGGAAACUCCCAAACUAGACAAGGAGCACUCCGGAUAACUCACAACUGCCAUAGGUCAUCAACCAAAAACGCCGCCCAGUGCAGACUGCAGUAGGAUUAGCCAGACACCCAGAGAAGCAGAGCUCCUGCACCUUCGACCGCUUCAGGUGCUCCGCAGGACGACUUAGCUGGACAGAUCCACCACCACCAUGACGUUCGACACGCGCACCACAGCAACCACCACAACGAGUCCGGCGCAGAGUGCGGGAACGGGCACAGGAUCAGUCACCGGAACAGUCACCACCUCUAGCCUGCCAGGAGGAGGAUCCAGCAGUCUGGAUAGCAGCCAGGAGCAACAGCCAGUGGUCGCCAGCCAAAACUCCGAUGACGUAGCCGGCUCCUCUACGGCGGGCAGCGUGGACAGCACCGUCACACUAGUGCCUCCAGAGAAGCUUAUUUCCUCGUUUCCCACCACGAAACUGAGAUCGCUUUCCCAGAAGAUAUCGAAUCCACGCUGGGUGGUGCCCGUGCUGCCUGAACAGGAGCUGGAGGUGCUUCUAAAUGCUGCCAUCGAGCUGACCCAGGCCGGUGUGGAUCACGACUGCGAGCCAUGUGUGGAGUUUUAUCGCAAUGGGCUAAGCACUUCGUUCGCCAAGAUCCUUACCGACGAGGCAGUGAACUCGUGGAAGUUCAACAUCCACCACUGCAUCCUGGUCUCGUGCGGCAAACUGCUGCACCUGAUCGCAAUUCACAUGCAGCGCGACAAUCCCUAUCUACUGGACUUGCUGGCCAUCGUCUUCGAUCCAGAGAACAAGUUUAACACAUUCAACGCUGCACGCCAGCCCGAGUGCUUUGCCACACCGGACUGCAUUUGGGGUCAGUUGGACAGCAACAAGAUGUACGCCCGGCCGCCAGCGGAGCCCAAGAAUCCUCGCGGUUGGCUGGUGGAUCUCAUUAACCGCUUCGGCCAACUGGGAGGUUUUGACAAUCUGCUGGAGAGGUUUAACAGUGGACUGGAGCUACUGAAGCGCAACCAAAACAAGGCCACCGGCAAAGGAGUCGGUGGCGAGGGCAGCGGGGAAGGAAGUAUCCAGGAUAAUCGCCUCACCCUGGCCCUCAUCCACAGUCUCCUGCGACCAUUUGGUCAAUGCUAUGAGUUGCUGACGCCCGCCACCAUCGCCAAGUACUUUAUGCCCACCUGGAACGUGGUGCUGGACCUUUUGGACAGCUUCACGGACGAGGAGCUAAAGCGGGAGGUGAAGCCCGAGGGACGCAAUGAUUACAUCAAUGGAAUUGUGAAGUCGGCCCGCUUCCUGGCCAGUCGUUUAUCUGGACAAGAGGAGCUGAUCCGCGACUUAGAGAUGUUUCGUUUGAAGAUGAUCCUGCGUCUGCUGCAGGUCUCCAGUUUCAAUGGUAAAAUGAACGCCCUCAACGAAAUCAACAAGGUGCUUUCCUCGGUGGCCUAUUAUUCCCAUCGAUCCCAACCCCUGCCCCACUGUAUGCCCGAGGACGAAAUGGACUGGCUGACGGCGGAGCGCAUGGCGCAGUGGAUCAAGUCGUCGGACGUCCUGGGCAUUGUGCUUAAGGACUCGCUGCAUCAACCGCAGUAUGUGGAAAAGCUGGAAAAGAUCAUCCGUUUCCUUAUUAAGGAGCAAGCGCUGACUUUGGACGAUUUAGAUGCGGUUUGGAGAGCGCAGGCCGGUAAGCACGAGGCGAUCGUAAAAAACGUGCAUGAUUUGCUAGCCAAACUGGCCUGGGAUUUCACGCCGGAGCAACUGGACCACCUCUUCGAGGCAUUUCAAGCCAGCAUGACCACGGCCAAUAAGAGGCAGCGGGAGAGGCUUCUGGAGCUGAUUCGCCGUUUGGCUGAAGACGACAAGAAUGGUGUGAUGGCCCAAAAGGUGCUAAAGCUUUUCUGGACGCUGGCCCACAGCCAAGAGGUCCCGCCUGAAGUGCUCGACCAGGCGCUAGGUGCACACGUCAAAAUCUUGGAUUAUAGCUGCUCUCAGGAGCGAGACGCGCAAAAGACCAUUUGGUUGGACAAAUGCGUUGGCGAGCUGAAAUCAGGCGAUGGAUGGGUGCUGCCCGCCUUGCGUUUAAUACGGGAUAUUUGUUGUCUAUAUGACACCACGCCCAAUCAUGCACCCCGCACCCAAACGGGCACAAAUCGACAGCAGGUGAUUGAGCGGCUCCAGAAUGAUUAUUCCUUAGUCAUUCUAGUCACAAACAGCUUGACUGCAUACAUGGAAAAGGUGCGCCAAAUGGUGACCGACACACCGGGCCUAGAAGCGGCCACCAUCCUAAUUGACGGAAGGUUCCCGCACCAUGCGCAAAUCGCAGAGCGACUGGAGUUCCUCAAGUUCCUGCUUAAAGACGGUCAGCUGUGGCUGUGCGCAGAUCAGGCAAAGCAGAUCUGGCACUGCUUGGCAGUGAGCGCCGUCUUUCCUGCUGAUCGUGAAGAGUGCUUCCGGUGGUUUGGAAAGCUGAUGGGCGAGGAGCCUGACUUGGAUCCCGGCAUCAACAAGGACUUCUUCGAGAACAACAUUCUGCAACUAGAUCCCCACCUGCUUACAGAGAGCGGAAUCAAGUGCUUCGAGCGCUUCUUCAAAGCGGUCAACUCCAAGGAGGACAAGCUAAAGGCGAUACACAGAGGUUACAUACUUGACAACGAGGACCUAAUAGGCAAGGACUACUUGUGGCGGGUGAUCACCACAGGUGGCGAGGAGAUUGCCAGCAAGGCUAUUGAUCUGCUCAAGGAAGUGUCCACGGCAUUGGGCCCACGACUGCAGGAGAACAUUGCCGAGUUCCACGAAAUGUUUAUCGGCGAGUGCUGUUCCCGCCUGCGCACCCACUACGGAAACAUCGUGAUCCUGGGCAAGACACAGCUUCAAGAGGAGUUGGAUGCACCUGAUCAGUCGGACAAUGCCAACGACGAGUCUAAGGAUUCGAAAAUGCGAUUUAUCGAGGCGGAGAAGAUGUGCCGCAUUCUCAAGGUACUGCAGGAAUAUGUGAAAGAGUGCGACCGCUCCUUCAGCGGCGAUCGCGUCCACCUGCCACUCAGCCGAGUUACGCGCGGCAAGAACACCAGCCUGUAUAUCCGGUUCCAGAAUCCAGGCAGACCCAUUGACGACCUGGAGAUCGUUACACACAGCAACGAAACGAUGGCCGCCUUUAAGCGCAGCCUUCUAAAGCGGAUCAAAGGCACUUCAACGACCAACAUUAAGGUGGAUCUCUUCUACACUAAUGGCGAGAUGAUCGAAAUCUCCGAUGAGAUAAACCCGCUCUAUCAGUACACCAUCCGCGACAAGAUGAUCCUCACAGCAAAGCUGACGCCGGUGGGCACUGGUCUGGCCAGCAGUCCGGAUUCCUCCAGCGACUCGAGCACCGGCUCUCCCCCUCGUCCAUGCCCCGAUAUGCAGCGUGUGGAAUCGGAAAGCACGCUGCCCGGCGUGAUCAUCUCGCAAAACUACCAGUACACCGAGUUUUUUUUAAAGCUCUAUCAGUUGGGAAGUGAUCUGCAGCACGGUCGUUUGCGGGACAGCGCUAAGGUACUGCUGCACCUGCUUCCCUGCGACCGCCAGACAAUGCGCCAACUUCAAAUGAUGUGCAAGGUCCCAAAGGCGGCCGUUACGGUCCCUCUGACGGCCGAAAAAUGCGCGAAGGAUGAAGAGGAGAAACUGAACUCCACCGAGCAGCCGGCGAGUGAAUCUGAUGAGGAAAACUGUACGCCCGAGCAGAUGUUUUUGCACCCGACACCCGCCCAGGUACUGUACAACCUGAGCGUGCUACACGGAUUGCUGAUUCCUGCGUUGGAUCCAUUAGGCGAAGGAGCCCUGCUCGUGCAGUCUGCAUGGAUGCACUCGGGUUGCGCCCACUUCGUUCUGGAGCUGUUGACAAAAAACAAUUUCCUGCCCAGCGCUGAUAUGCACACGAAGCGUGCGUCCUUCCAGUGCGUGCUGAGACUGGCAAAGCUGUUCCUUUACAUUGUGGGCAGUGUACUGUCUCGCGUGGGCGACGAGCCCAUGAUCUGCGAUCUUGAUAACGGAUCCCGCUCCCAGGUAGACAUCCUGAAGCAGAACUUUUCGACGAUGCCGAACAGCUCGCAGGGCACACUGCGGGCAAUCUCCGCGAAGCUGGCCGUGAUGCUGGCCCGCGAGAUGCUCUCCGCCAGCCAGGAGGGCGACCGCUGCCGCACCCUCUUUAGCUCUACGCUGCAGUGGUCCUGCCCUGACAUUUCCACCAUAAAGGCCGUAGUGCAGCUGGCUUGGGCUUCGUCCUGCGGCAACCUUCAGGCUCUGGGGAGUAGCAACGGCGACUUUGAGGACGAAGUGAUCGUGCCGGAUGGGCAGGACUUUAGCAUGUGCAAGGAGGCCCUUGAAGUGCUCACCAUCUCGUUCAUUCUGAACCCGAGUGCUAACGAAGCGUUGAGUAGUGAUGCCAACUGGCCCAAGUUCAUCACCUCCAUUGUGCUGAGGAACCCGCUUCGACAUGUGCGCCAGGUGGCCUCAGAACAGUUGUUCUUGGCCUCCACCUAUUGCGCCGGCGAUCGGCGUCCGUUCGUCUACAUGGUCAACCUGCUGGUGGGCGCACUGAAGACGCUAGUUCCCCAGUACGAGGCGACUUGCGCCGAGUUCUUUUCGGUGCUGUGCCGCACUCUUUCAUAUGGAUGCAUCUACAACUGGCCGCUGCAGAUCAGCGAGGGAUUGCUGGGCGACGAAAUCAAGUGGCUCCAGCGCAUACGGGAGAAUGUCCGCUCCACUGGCGACACUCAGGUGCACGAGGAACUUCUCGAGGGCCACCUCUGCUUGGCCAAGGAGCUAAUGUUUUUUCUCGCUGCUGACUCAAAGGCGCAGCUCAACGAGCUGAUCCACGAGCUGAUCGACGACUUCCUCUUCACAGCCUCUCGCGAAUUCCUGCAUUUACGGCGGCACGGCAGUCUUCGACAGGACACCGUCCCGCCACCAGUCUGCCGCAGUCCGCACACUAUUGCCGCUGCCUGCGAUCUCCUCAUUGCCUUGUGCCAGCUCUGUGUUCCUAAUAUGAAGCUACUCACCAAUACACUCAUCGACUUCGUCUGCACAGAUACGGAUCCGUUGCGCGAAUGGGAUUACCUGCCGCCGGUGGGCGCCAGACCAACCAAAGGUUUUUGCGGACUGAAAAACGCCGGGGCCACGUGCUACAUGAACUCGGUGCUGCAGCAGCUCUACAUGGUACCGGCGGUGCGCGUGGGUAUCCUGCGAGCCCACGGUGCGGCCACCACCGACGGCGAGGACUUUAGCGGCGACUCCGAUUUGACUGGCGGCGGUCUUGGACCGGCCCUCUUUUCGGGACCCGCCUCUGCGCUAGUCACCUUUUCCUCAUCGUCGGGCGGUGUCGAGGACGGAUCGCAGGAUGUGCGAAAGAACUAUCACGUCGUGAUCCUGAAACACGUGCAGGCAAUAUUCGCCCACCUGGGGCACAGUGCUCUGCAGUUCUAUGUGCCCCGUGGGCUCUGGACGCAUUUCAAGCUGCAAGGAGAACCUGUUAAUCUCCGCGAGCAACAGGAUGCCGUGGAGUUCUUCAUGUCCCUGUUUGAGAGCCUUGACGAGGGACUGAAGGCACUUGGCCAGCCGCAGCUGAUGAACGCCACGCUGGGCGGUUCGUUCAGCGAUCAGAAAAUCUGCCAAGAGUGCCCCCAUCGCUACUCCAAAGAGGAACCAUUUAGUGUAUUUAGUGUCGAUAUUAGGAAUCAUAGCUCAUUAACCGAAUCUCUGGAGCAGUAUGUCAAGGGGGAGCUGCUCGAGGGAGCCGAUGCAUACCAUUGUGAUAAAUGUGAUAAAAAAGUAGUUACCGUUAAGCGGCUAUGCGUGAAGAAGCUGCCACCCGUGUUAGCCAUACAACUGAAGCGCUUUGAAUACGACUACGAGCGCGUCUGUGCGAUUAAAUUUAAUGAUUAUUUUGAAUUUCCGCGUAUCCUGGAUAUGGAGCCCUACACAGUGUCUGGCUUAGCUAAACUAGAGGGCGAGGUGGUGGAGGUGGGUGAUAAUUGUCAAACAAACGUUGAGACGACAAAGUACGAACUGACCGGCAUUGUUGUGCACAGCGGGCAAGCCUCUGGUGGCCACUACUUCAGUUACAUACUCUCCAAAAACCCGGCAAACGGCAAGUGCCAGUGGUACAAGUUUGACGACGGUGAGGUCACCGAGUGCAAAAUGCACGAGGAUGAGGAGAUGAAGGCGCAGUGCUUUGGCGGGGACUACAUGGGCGAGAUCUACGACAACAACCUAAAGCGCAUGCAGUACCGCCGUCAAAAGCGCUGGUGGAACGCCUACAUGUUAUUCUACACCCGGUGCGACCAGAGUCCCGUAAAGUAUGAGCCUAGUGUGGAGCAGUUGUCUCUCACCGAGAGCCGCAACAUGGUUUUGCCCUUGCCUAAGCCCAUCGAGCGCAGCGUGCGGCACCAGAACAUUCGGUUUCUCCACUCUCGUAGCAUUUUCUCCGUGGAGUUCUUUAACUUCAUCAAAAAGCUGGUCAGCUGCAAUAUCCCCUCUGCUCGGAGCGAUAAGAUCACUCCCGCCGCCGAGGAGCUUUCGCUGUUGGGCGUCCAAUUGGCUUCGCAGUUCCUUUUUCACACUGGCUUCCGCACGAAGAAGUCUCUGCGAGGGCCCGUUAUUGAUUGGUACGACGCGCUCUCACAUCACAUACGCUCAUCGGCACUGGUUCGAAAGUGGUUCGCCAAUCAUGCGCUUCUCUCCCCGCCGUCACGCCUAGGCGAGUACAUCCUAAUGGCUCCAUCGCCAGAGGUGCGUACCGUCUUCGUCAAGCUGGUGGUUUUCUUCUGCCACUUUGCUAUUAACGAUGAACCGUUGGCUGGCCACGACGGCGCUAAUCUGUGCGAGCAGGUGCUCAUCAGCGUGCUGCGCCUGUUGAAAUCCGAAGCAGCCGAUUACGGCAAACACCUGCCCCACUACUUUAGCCUGUUUAGUAUGUACGUGGGACUGGGCACACGCGAAAAGCAGCAGCUGCUGAGGCUCAAUGUGCCGAUGCAGUUUAUCCAAGUGGCGUUGGACGAUGGCCCCGGUCCCGCCAUAAAGUACCAGUAUCCGGAGUUCAGCAAGCUUCACCAGGUGGUCUCACACCUGGUGCGCUGCAGUGAUGUAAGCGAAAAGUGCCAGAGCUCCAACCAGAACGGCCGUCCACUGCCUAAUCCAUUCAAGGAUGCAACGGUGGCGCACGAGGAGCUGACGCCGCUGUCCACUGAGUGCAUGGAUUUACUCUUCAAUCGCACGGGCUACAUCAAGAAGGUGAUCGAGGACACAAAUGUAGGCGACGAAGGCCUGAAGAUACUGCAGUACUGCAGCUGGGAAAACCCGCACUUCUCACGCGCAGUGCUUACAGAGCUGCUGUGGCAGUGUGGGUUCGCCUACUGCCACGACAUGCGGCACCACACGGAUCUGCUACUAAACAUCCUGCUAAUCGACGACUCGUGGCAGCACCACCGCAUACACAACGCCCUCAAUGGAGUGGCGGAGGAGCGCGAGGGCCUACUGGAUACGAUACAACGGGCAAAGACGCACUACCAGAAGCGGGCGUACCAGAUUAUCAAGUGCCUGACGCAACUGUUCCACAAGUCGCCAAUUGCGCUGCAGAUGCUCAACACAAACCCGGGCAUCAGCCGGCACUGGAGCGUUGCCGUCGAGUGGCUACAGGACGAGCUGGAACGACAGCGUGGCAUUGGUUGCCAGUACAAUUCGUACUCGUGGUCGCCACCAGCGCAGAGCAACGACAACACGAACGGCUACAUGCUAGAGAGGUCGCAGUCGGCCAAAAACACUUGGACCAUGGCUUACGAGCUCUGUCCGGACGAGGUCAGCGAGAAAACGAAACAGGACGAGAACAACGAGUCUGAUUUGGAGUCGAAUCUGGACGAGAACAAGACGGAACAGGCGGCACAGCCGGGGGCCGCGCAGGAAAGCACCACCGGAGGCACGGAACAGCCGACGGAUAACAAGACACCCACAACGAGCAGUCCGUCAACGGGCGCCUGGCCGGCACGUGUGGAUAGCAACGCAAUUCCCCGGCUGUCGCGUCAACUAUUCGGGGCGUACACUUCGACUGGCGUUGGCUCAACCAGCGGAACAACCGCACCUACACUCGCCACGACGGCGACGGCGGGCAGUGGAGCCAACAGUGAGACAGAGAGCAGCGCCCAGGAGACCACCGGCGAAACGACUAUUAACGGGCUGUCAAGUAGCCUGGACCAAAUGGAGAUAACGGCCAAAAAGAAGUGUCGCAGGGUGGUGAGAAGAAAGCUAGGGGAAAGUAAGGACGAGGAGGACGCGACGGUCGAGACCACGGCGGCCACCACGGAUGUCGCAACGUCGUCAGCGACAACGGCAGCCCCUUUAACACCUGCCACUGCAGAAGCCACAGCAACGGGAUCGGGAUCGGGAACAGGAUCGGGAGAGCUCCCGACGAGGAUGGAGAAGAACUUAAUUUAAACCGAGAGGAAACUACAUACGAAAAGUUAUUUGCAAUAAAAUGUAAUCGCAACCUUACGAGAGCAACAACUUAUGAUGAGCAUCCAUAGCGUUAAGUGAACCAAAAGCAGCCUGACAAUGAGAACGGUGUGGACAGCAGGUGUUUUACUAGUGGGGCUCCCGCCGUCGAAAACGAGACUUAAUGUGUUAAUAUGCGAAGUAGAGCAGAAUCCAUAGAUAUUAACUAACGAAGUACAUGCUUGGAGCGAUGCCAGUCAAGGAAAGAGAGUCUAUAUGAGAAAGAGGAGGAUGGUAUGUACCAGAAAAGGUGUUUAGUAGUUAUCGAACUUUAUAAUUACCUUAACAAAUACACAUUAUACAGACACCUUAAACAAACACCACACAAAACACAACACGACAAACGAACGCAAACAAAGAAACACACUCAUAAUUACUAAGAAGCGUUAAGUUGCACGUUUGAAGUACCAUAUAAUUGUAUUUAUAUAGUAUAUAAAUGAUGUAUUACGUAUUGAAGCCGAGCAACAUUAACUAAUACUAACCGAAUAAAAAAAAACAAAAAAUCAAAACGAUGGAAAUAUAGAUACGACACUAGGGAAAACUAAUCGAAACGAAUCGGCUGAAUGUAAGAAUUAGGGCAAGAAACCAAAUUGCAUGUUCAGUACUCAGUACUCGCCUCUGAAACUGUUUCCAUUAUCAUAUUUCAACCGCGUAUACCAAGUAAAUGGGAUGCUAAAUCAAAACAAAACAAAACAGUAUAAACUCAAGAGCAGAAUGGACUACUGCAACACGAGCAUAAAGAAAACUUGAUUAUGGUUAUACUAAGUAUAUAUAUUUUAAAUGAUUAGUGUUUUAUAUUAAGUGAAAUUUGUUAAACAUUUAUUAAAUUAUUAUGUUUUAAGUUGCGAAAUAAAUGCGAAAUGUAAGCAAA